CCGCGAGAUGCAGGAGGUGCUCCUCGAGGAGGCUCGGCUCUCGGUGCGCUCGGAGCGCGCCGUCGACCGGGCGCACCACAAGGAGCAUGACGUCUACGUCGCCCACAAGCGCAAGACCAACUCCCAGCUCGAGCUGGACGCGCUCGUCAGGCGCUACGGCCUCGCGCUCUCCUUCUUCCAGCGCUGGCAGACGCGCGGCGUGAGCUCCAUCCGCGAGAUGACGGUCCAGCUCGCCAAGAUCGCGGGCAACCAGGCCAAGCUCGACUGGCUCCGAGAGCAGUGCGAGAUGCGGGUCAUCGGCCUGAGCUUCAACUACCAGCUGCAGUGGGGCUCGAGCAAGGACGAGGACAUCGGCACCGUCGAGGACCUGACCGGCCACCUCAAGGAGAUCCUCGAGGAGGAGCAGGAGCGGCGGGGCGCGUGCGAGCUGCCGGACCGCUGCCCCAUCCCGACCGUGCGGCGCAAGACGUUCAAGGAGCUGGGCACGCCGACCCGUCAGGCGAAGGAGAUUGCGAGCCGGGUCCAGGAGUACGGGGCGGAAGAGCUGCUGGAGCGGGCGGAGCGCGAGCGCGUGCGGCUCGAGGAGGCGGGCGAGAUCGACCGCGUGGCGGACGAGAACCCCGAGGAGGCGCCGCCCUGCGACGACUCGCUCGUGGGGGCGGAGCUGGAGAUCUGCUGGCGCUACUGGGUGCCUUACACCGACGCGAGCGGCAGGCAGCGCCGGAAGGGGGCGAAGAUGUGGUGCCUCGGCACCGUUGUGCAGAUCGCCAACGGCACGACCGACAAGCAGGAGCCCGACAAGCCAAGGUGCAAAAAGCUCGCCAAGGCCGGCGCGGCGCGCAUCCGUUGGCCGGCAGACGCCGAGCGCGACGAGCCCGAGUCGUGGUCAUGGGAGAUCCUGACCGAGGCCAACUUCAACGACGACGUGCACAUCGGCUGGAGGCUGUCGGAGGGCGAGCUGCGGAGGCGCGCCGGUGCGCGCAAGGGGCGCGCGGCCAUGUAGUGGCCCUCUAGAGGCCCGCGAUCGCGGUAGAGCGCGCGUCCGCACAGCGCAGCAGCCGGAAAGUUGCACAAUGUGUGUGUCCGUUGUGGGUGUCCCUGCGGUCGCCAGGCUGUCGCCAUUGGCUUGUGUGACUGCCCGUGGCAAGUGCUUUGCGCGGGUGUACGAAAUUAAGCCCGACGGCUUACCGCU